AUUUUGAUGUAACUUUAAACUGUCAAAAAUGCUAUAAUAUAUACCAAUAAAGUAGAUGAAUAAAACGAAAUAUAUAUUGAACAACAUUUAAAGUUGUUUCUCAUUAUUGAUCCGCGGAACAUAUUAUUUCACUACGACAAGUAAACUUCACUACCUUUGAGAAAUGGAUACGUCCUCAGAGUCGGAAGGCGAACUCUCGCGUGGCGCUUACGACCAAGUGGCGUACGACGCAGCAACCGCGUUGACGGGUUACGAUGACCCAGCGAUCGUUAAGUCACCGUCUCGGCACUCAGAGUCCUCAGGCAGUGGCAGUGAUGUCGCCGAACCACGUGGCGCCUUAGCACAUCACAAGUUCUCCAUUGACCGUAUUCUGGGCCGGUUCAACGGUGGCGACGGUGCCGCCGCGACGGCCAUCGACUCCUGUCCAGAGACAUCGGACACCGGCAAACGCCACCGAAACGACUUGACGUUGCGCGGCGUGGAUAGCAUUGCGGAACUUAACGGUCACAACUUUCCUUACUCGUCGCUGCUAUACGGCGGGUGGUUUGCAGCUGCGGCUGCCGCAGCGGUGGCUAACAAGACACCACCGUCCCAUCUAUUCGGUCUUCAGGCACCAAAAACAGUGGGACGGAGAUCCAGAAAACCCGGUUUGGAUCGAAAACCCAGGCAAGCGUAUAGUGCAAAACAGCUAGAAAGAUUGGAAGCAGAAUUUAAAACGGACAAGUACUUGAGCGUGAGCAAGCGCAUGGAGCUGUCCAAGGCGCUGAACCUGACCGAAGUGCAGAUAAAGACGUGGUUCCAGAACAGGCGAACCAAGUGGAAGAAGCAGCUGGCGUCCAAGCUGAAGAUCGCGCACCGACACGGAUACUUCCAACCGGUGCAGCACUACGCGUCGCUGUUCGCUCCUCACUGUUACUUCCCGGCGGCGGCUGCGGCGGCAGCGACGGCUGCUUCCACUGCGAGCUCGUCCCCAUCCGGAACCGGCGGUGGACUGCAAAACUUCGGUUGCGGUUUGCCACCACCGCCUCCGUCGACACAGCAGACGUCUACUUCGACGGGGCCCGAGUCACUGGAACACGACGAGACGGUCGUCGUCGCGACCAAAACGGAACGCCAACACAAUCACCAUCAGCACCACCACCACCAUCACCAUCACCACCAACAGAGAUAAAAUAAUUCCAUUAUUGUCUCGUCGUGCGUACCCGGCGCACUUAUUGUCUAUCUAUAUAGUAUUGUUGAUUUUAUAAACAGUACUGCAGAGAUCUAAGUCUCUGAAGGUCCGCGGCGGGGUGCAACUAUUAUUAUUGGAAGCAUCUUAUAUUAAAAUAAAAAUUGCUAUUUA